AUGUUUGACCACUAUCAACUUAUAAUAACUGAGACUUGUAUUUUGACGAUGUUUUUCCAUAAUAUAGUAUCUUGCUGUUGUUCUAAUUCAUUACUUUUGGUGUUGUGCAGUGACCCAUUUCGAACCAUUUUGGGCAGGGAUCAGCAGGUUGCAGUAGAUAUCAUAUUGCUCGAGUUUCACCGGAAUAGAACGGAAAAUAGUAUCAUAAUGAGGACCCUUUCCAUGAGAUCAUGCUGUUACACGGGUACUACUAGUCGGGAUGUAAGCAUCUUCACAAUUUUGGACUUAGACAUGGAGAAAGAACAUUUUCACGAGAUACUAAAAUUCAUCAAAUGUUGAUCAAUACAAUUGGUGUGAAUUCCAGGCGAGAAACUCUUGCUGAUAUGAUGGUUUAUUUGUUUUUUUCAUUUCUCCAAAGCAUAAUCAUAGA